AUUGCUUUGUUUCCAGGGUUUGAGACAAGAUAGUUACCUCUUAUUUUAAGAGCUAUAUAUACAGUCUCACAGUACAUAGGAGGUGAGGAUUCUUAAAAACCAGCAAGAAUCCUCCUAAAAUGGCUUGUAUUUUUGUGUUUGGGAUUGUAAUUUUUUUUUUCUUGUAGGACAGCUUCAUUGGAUGGAAGGCUUUGAUUGCUGUCGGCUUGUAGCAUGAAAUCGUAUUUGUGACCAUUACUAAUCCCCAGAAAAGAAAAAAAAAAGUAUAUUUCAGUAGGUGAAAAUCAGAGGAAGUAGCUGCUGACAUAGGAAAAACUGUAUAAAGGACAUUUCUGAAGGAAAACUUUUAAGAUGUGGUGAAGAGCCUGUAUUUUCUGCUGUCUGGUGUAUAGUGCCUUAAAAAAUGGGGUUUGGAGGUGAUCUGAAGUAUUCUCAUGAUGCUUUAUUAAAACUGCAAGACUGGGAACUACGACUGCUGGAAACAGUGAAGAAAUUUAUGGUAAUGAGAGUAAAAAGUGAUAAAGAAUAUGCAUCCACUUUACAGAAUCUUUGUAACCAAGUAGAUAAAGAGAGUGCUUGUCAAUUGGAUUAUAUCAGCAAUGUAUCCAAGUCUUGGUUGCUCGUGGUACAGCAAACAGAACAGCUGAGCAAAAUAAUGAAGACACAUGCAGAGGAUCUUAAUUCUGGGCCCUUGCAUAGGCUUACAAUGAUGAUCAAAGAUAAGCAGCAAGUUAAGAAGAGUUUCGUAGGUGUUCAUCAACAAAUUGAAGCAGAGAUGUACAAGGUCACAAAGACAGAACUAGAGAAACUUAAAUCUAGCUACAGGCAACUAAUAAAAGAAGUAAAUUCUGCCAAAGAAAAGUAUAAAGAAGCUGUAGCUAAAGGAAAGGAGACAGAGAAAGCCAAAGAUCGGUGUGAAAAAGCUACUAUGAAACUUCAUAUGUUGCACAACCAGUAUGUGUUGGCACUGAAAGGAGCACAAUUACAUCAGCACCAAUAUUAUGAUACUACACUUCCUCUGUUACUUGAUUCACUACAGAAGAUGCAAGAAGAAAUGAUUAAAGCCCUAAAAGGGAUCUUGGAUGAGUAUAGUGAGAUCACCAGUCUUGUAACAGAAGAGAUUGUGAAUGUCCACAAAGAGAUCCAGACCUCGGUGGAACAGAUAGACCCUAACUCUGAGUAUAAUGACUUCAUAGAUACUCACAGGUCAUCAGAAGUUGUUGAACAAGAAAUAGAGUUUGAUACAUCUUUACUAGAAGAAAAUGAAAACCUUCAAGCUAAUGAGAUUAUGUGGAAUAAUUUAACAGCAGAAAGUCUGCAAGUCAUGUUAAAAACAGUAAUAGAAGAACUGAUGCAGACACAGCAAACCCUUUUGAGCAAAGAGGAACUUGUUUUGGAACUAGAGAAAAAAAUAGAAGAGUCAUCUAAGACAUGUGAAAAGAAAUCUGAUAUUGUACUCUUGCUGAGCCAAAAGCAAGCACUUGAAGAACUUAAGCAAACAGUCCAGCAACUAAGAUGCUCUGAGGCAAAAUUUGCAGCCCAGAAAGAACUACUGGAACAAAAGGUUCAAGAGAAUGAUGGGAAAGAGCCACCACCUGUAGUGAAUUAUGAAGAAGAUGCCAGAUCAGUGACUUCCAUGGAUAAGAAGGAUAAAGUCUCAAGAUUUGACACGAUACGUCAUUCCAUAGCCGGAAUUAUAAGGUCUCCAAAAUCCAUGUUGGGUUCAUCAUCGUUCUUUGAUGUAAUCUCAACCACUGAGAAACCAUUGGCUGAGCAAGACUGGUAUCAUGGUGCAAUUCCAAGAAUAGAAGCCCAGGAGCUGUUAAAACAGCAAGGAGACUUCUUGGUGCGAGAGAGCCACGGGAAACCUGGUGAAUAUGUCCUUUCUGUGUUUUCAGAUGGACAACGGAGACACUUUAUCAUACAAUAUGCUGAUAAUCAAUAUCGUUUUGAAGGAACUGGGUUUCCAACUAUUCCUCAGCUCAUAGAACAUCAUUACACAACAAAGCAAGUUAUUACAAAGAAGUCAGGUGUUGUUCUGCUUAAUCCCGUUGUUAAGGAUAAGAAAUGGGUUCUCAAUCAUGAAGAUGUCACACUGGGGGAAUUACUGGGCAAAGGUAAUUUUGGUGAGGUGUAUAAAGGAACGUUAAAGGAUAAAACUCCUGUCGCUGUAAAAACUUGCAAAGAAGAUCUUCCUCAGGAACUGAAAAUAAAAUUUCUGUCAGAAGCCAGAAUACUCAAACAAUAUGAUCAUGCUAAUAUUGUAAAACUUAUAGGAGUUUGCACUCAACGACAGCCUAUAUAUAUCGUUAUGGAACUUGUUCCAGGAGGUGAUUUCCUGUCAUUCCUAAGAAAAAAGAAGGAUGAGCUGAAAACCAAACAGUUGGUGAAAUUUUCAUUAGAUGCUGCCUCUGGUAUGGCAUAUCUUGAAUCUAAAAAUUGUAUACAUAGAGACCUGGCUGCAAGGAACUGCUUGGUAGGUGAAAGCAACAUUUUGAAAAUAAGUGAUUUUGGGAUGUCACGGCAAGAGGACGAUGGCGUGUACUCAUCAUCAGGCCUAAAGCAGAUUCCAAUCAAGUGGACUGCUCCAGAAGCUCUGAACUAUGGGAGAUACACAUCUGAGAGUGAUGUAUGGAGCUUUGGAAUCCUUUUGUGGGAGACCUUCAGUUUAGGUGUGUGCCCAUACCCUGGAAUGACCAACCAACAAGCACGAGAGCAAGUUGAGAAAGGCUACCGAAUGUCUGCACCACAAAAAUGUCCAGAAGAAAUAUAUAAAAUAAUGCAGAGAUGCUGGGACUACAAGCCAGAAAACCGGCCAAAAUUCAGUGAGAUUCAGAAAGAGCUGUCUUCAAUCAAAAAGAAAGUGACAUAGUGAUGAAGAAGUGCCAACAAAAUGUCUGUGACUUUAUUUUCCAGUGAAGUAAUUGUUUCCCUCAAACACUAUGCAUUUAUACAGCAUUAUUUGCAACAUUCUUCUAAGAUUACUCUGAAAUUAACUGGUAUACCAUCUUGAAUGGUGUCUACACCUGCAUUAAAGAUAUAUACUGAGAAAUGCUAUAUAUCCAGUCACAAUAGUACUGUAAUUUAGGUUACAUGUACAUAGGAAAGCACAUACUAUAAAUUUAAGAGACUGUGGCUUCUAGCUGUUUUACAGCAAAUAACUGCUAGUGACAUUUUUCAGAGGUAUUCUACUUUAAGCUGUACUCUUACUCUGCUACCUCUGUCCUGUAUGUCAGCAUAUUAACAUGGGGAUUGUCAUACAUGUUGGCCUUAAAACUGAAGACAGUUUUGACAAGUAUUUCAACUAGAAGCUUUUUUUUUUUUUUUAAUUCUUUCUGCAUCUGAUACAUUUAGAUGAUACUUUGUUUUAAGCAUGAAAUUCAGUUAGAUUCUGGAUGCAGACAUGCAUACUGAAUGGAAAAAUCCAGAAUCUUUUUUGGUAGUUGGAUUACUUGUGCAUUUAUUACCAUACAGUAGAAAUACUUCUGACUUUUGAUAAGAUCUACAUAAACCAUGGGGUUUUUUUCCUUCAAUGCCAUCAGAAUUCAGUAAUAUGUUUCUUUUAUGGUGACUUAUGUUCAUUUUAGAAAAAAAAAGACCAAUUUAAAGUCUCAACUGCACAUGCUAAGAAAUACUGCAAACUAUCUGCCUUUCAAAAAAUAUGUGAAAGUAGUAGGCCAAGAAAAAGAGGUUUAUUAAUGAUAGAAGCAGACAACAAAUAUCAUAGAUCUUAGAGGAACUAAAGAAUAUGUUGCUAGAUUUACUUUUGACCGCAUUUUUUUUCCCUUAAAUUGGUAAAAAUUCUCAGAAUGCAGCUGGAGCAUGCAAAAUUUUAUUCUGAACAAAACAACAUUUCAUGCGUAGUGUCCAAAGGAAAAUACUACUUCUGUAUGGCAUGAGGAAGUUGUUCAAACAACCAAAAGGAAAGAAGUAUGUUUAAAGCCUCUGACAGGGAACAGCAGAGUAGAAAUACUAACCUUCUAUUUUUUUCUUAUAUUAUUGCAAUCAAAUAUCAAAAGACUGGGGAUAAACAAGGUUUAAAUGCACCAAGAAAAUAAACCUUGUGUUUGUAUAUAUAUAUACAUAUAAAUAUAUAUUAAAAAAAAAAAGCCAGAAAGAAUAAAAACUUACUAGAUAGGGGAGGGAGGAAGUGCACCAUUUGUUACUUUGACUCUGGGUCCUCUUUGCAGCUGGAAUUGUUUUCUAGGGCUCUGCAUAGAAACAGGAACAAGUUACCGUAUCCCUGUCUGAGUUCCAGCAUUAAGGUGCUUAAAACAUUUCUAGGAAUUUACUAAAAUGUUCAGAUCAAGGGAUACCAGUUGCUGCUAAUGCAAGUAAGAAACAGGGAUUGUAAGUAACACAGCAUUUGGAAUGUUAAUUAGCCUUAUAUUUUAGUGUUACAGUGAGUUUGAGAUGUAGUGAAGUCAGUGGCUACAUUACAUUAUUUCUGUUAGUGUGGCUUUUCUAUUGUCAGCAUCAUCUUUUGCUCUCUAAAGUAUAUUUACAGUAGUGCUCAGUGGUGGUUUAGGGCUAUGUGUGACCAAAAUAUGUGUAGUCUAGAAGAAUUUGUCUGUUACAUAGGACUUAGCAUCCAGCUACAUCGGUGAAUGGUUGUGUGGGAGCACAUUGCCUGCAUUUGAGGUGGUACUGUCUCCAGCUGUAAGAAAUGGUAAGUGCUUCUUGCAUUUUGUUAAGUGAUUUUUUUCUUGGAGAUAGGGAUGCAUAUAUAUACACAUACCGAUGAAAGUGUAGUGCUUGGAAAAUUUGGUGGCAUAAAUUAAAACUUCAUUGUAAGUGUACUGGAUAUAUUUACUUAGUUCUGUACUUCAAGUAGCCCAGAGGUAUUUUUCAAGAGCAAUAGGAAACGUUCUUGUUAGUUUGUAUGCUUCUAAGUAGUACACAGAGUCCGUGCCUUAAUUUGCUAGUAUGCUAAUGCAAGUGCAAGUGUACUAAGAUUUAAGAAAUGUUUCACAAUCAUUUGGGAAAAUUUGAGAUUCAUCCAACUGCAUUUCCUAACAUAUGCAUCCCUGAAGUCUGCAAGUAAGGAUAACACUGUCAGCAUUCAUAGCUUUUCCGGAGAGUUAAUCUUCUUUUGUUAGAGAGAUGGACUCUUCCUUUGCCCUCUUGACAGCAAGAAAUACUGCUUUAUUCAGAUAAAAUAAAACACUCCUUUAUUUGUCAUAAAUUAACCAGUCACCACUCUGACUUUCACAGAAAGAUAAAAACAGUACUGAUUUUUUUUUUUCUGAAAUAGUUAACCUCCAUACAUAUAUGUCACACUUCUGUUUAAAUUUAAAGUCUUUUUAAAACAGGGGAUUUCUACAGCAUUAGGAAAAUCUGUUACUAUUACUGACGUAGUCACCAGCUCAGUUCAAAAGCAGUAACACUUUGGGAGAAUACCAGAAUGACUUUAUAGUUAUAGAAUAAAUUUCAAUACAGGUACUUGUCUUUUCAAUUAUUUAAACUUUCUGUGUCAUUACUUUAACAGUUUGUGGCAGAAUUUGUUCAUCAUGUCUGACUUGUAAUUGUUGAAACUAGUAAAUUGGAAUCCAUACCUAUAGAUACAGUAGGCCUCUCACAGGAGCAUUCACAACCAAGCCUGCCAUGCAAUGAAAUUUAAAGAAAAGAUAUUGCACUAAAGAAGCUAUGCUGCAAUAUCUGCUCUCCAUGGCCUUUUGAUGAUGUAGUCUUGUCAGAUGAGUCUUACCAGGUAGGCCAGAUCCUGGUCAUUUGGCUCAUGUACUGUGUUUAUCAUAGAGAACUUACAGAGUUAAAGAAGUUAAGCUUAGGUCUGUUUUGCAAGCAUGGGUUUCAGGUUACAUUUUUACUCUGGCACUGUCACAACCAGAGAGACCCUGAGGGAAUCCUGAAUUAUUUUACAUUGUUAAAUGUAGGAAACUCUGAAUACUGUUAUGCUCAUCUUGUAAUGUGAGAGGGAAUUCAGCAGGUUAUCUCUUAAUUUCAUGUUUUUCCUAGGAACUGCAUUCAUUAUUUUAAGAAAAUUGCUUUGACGGCAAAAAGUGCAUCCUUAGUUUGUUUUUAGUAGGAAAUAAGCACAUAUUAUCUUCCAAGUCUAGCCACCAGUGAAAUCAUAAAGUUUUCUAAGCUUCUUUAUUUUAUGAAAAGUAAAAUGGUGAGAAGUAUCUUGUCUGGAAAUAAACCUUGCUUCAGCAAAGGAUGAUGUUGUAGAGUUGGCAUCCCGUGAAGGCAUUGUCUUUGAAAUGUGCAUUUUCAUUCAUUUCUGUGAAAACCAGUGAACUAGAUUUUCAUUUAACAACUACAAUUACAUUGCAUUUCUUCUUAAAAAAGCAUGCCUUUUUGCAGAGUUGCCUAAAACUUUUUUGGAAAUUGUUAUUGGGAAUCACCAAAAGGCCACCAGUGAGAACUGCAGCUGGUAAAGCCUAUUCUUACUGACGGGAAAGAGGAAACUGGUUAAGGAAAUCUAUGUUGUUCAAUACUUAAGUAUUUUUUCAUUCAUGUCUUUGACCACCUGUUAUGCUUACUUAAAUCCUACAAGCACAUCAUUAAAACUGACUAUGAGGUUACCCAUUUGUUAUCUCUUUAGAACUAUUUUGUUACCCUUUUUGCACUCAUUCUAAAAGUAAUAAAGAAUACCAGGAAAAAAGGAAAAUAUCCCACAUUUUUCUGAGGUUACAGUGUAACCAAGUCUCAGAGGCACUUACAAAUGUCUCCUGUCCAAUUUUCCCAGAUGUGCUGCUGCACAAAUAUUAACAGUGAUUAAAUACUAUCCCUGUUUCCAGUAUUCUUGCUGUCAUAUCCUCUAAAUGUCAGUGCUACUCACAGACUUGAGGGAGUGCAAUAUUUGAAGACCUAUACUAGUGUGUGAAUAGUGUUAUCAAACAUGGGAUUCAGCAGUUCUGAAAAUAAUUGAUUUUCACAAAUAAUAACUCAUUAUAAAGAUUGAAUAAAGAGAAAGAAGCUGAGAGUCCACUUUCUGUAACAGCUUUCCUGUUUGUAGGCACUAGGAAUAUUUGUUUGUGCCAGUGCCCCUGGAUUUGUAACAUCUUUAUGGCCAAGCAUAAAAUAAUUUGCUGUUAAAGGAAGAGUUUACCAAUUAAUUUCUUUUCCCCUGAAGCACAAAAGGACUUCGGAUAUUGUUGGAAGCUUUCUUCCUAGGCGAGUCAGGGAAGAAUACCCCUGAUACCAAUGAAGUUAUGUAUUUUUUUCUUCUUAGAAUGGUUUUUGUGCAGUGCUUCACUUCCAGUAAUACAAGACCUCAAUUAGUAAUUAGAAGGUACAUGGCAAGUACAGGGCAAGUCCACUAUUCCCGAAGUUCCAAACAACUGUGAGUUUUUAAGAGAUCUGGUCAGUUUGAAAUAUCAGCUCUUAUUAAAAAUGUUUUCUUCCAGUUUCCUUCUGCAGAUUUACUGAAAAACAAAGCAAGCCAACAAAAAAGCAGUCCUUAAUCAUCAGUAACAACUUGCUAGGAAAGUGAAUCAACCUCAGGAGCCUAUUAAGUUUUUCUAAGAGUAAAUACUCCCUGGGGUAGCUUCCCAUUAUAAACAAAUCAAAUUUAAAGGUGGAAGGCUCCAAGUUGAAAUGGAAGAAUCCUUCCACUUGUCAUAUUAGGAGCACUCAAGUAUUACUACCAUUUUUUUCCUCAAAGUGGUACUGAAUUGUGAUUUGCAGCUCCUACAUGCAUUGCAGGAAUGCCUGCCCAAUUUUACUUUGCUGAGAUCUGCAGUUCCAAAGAAGGGAAGAUUCUCUCACUGAAAAUUCGAGCAAGAUCUGCCUGGUAGCUCCAACAUUUUUACUUACUUUCACAUUCAGUUAUCAGAGUCAUGUUCAUUAUAAUAAGUACCAGAUAGACAGAGUCCUGUCUUUAAACUUUCACAGUUUCAACCCUAGAAUCCAACUUGAUUUUGUUUGUCUGUAAAAUAAGCAAAAGAAAUUCCUGUAUUUCAGCCUUACUACUGCUACUCUAUAAAACAGAAAGAUUCAGAGAUGUAUUUACUGUUCUCUCCCUGGGAAUGCUACCUCCAACCAUCAACCCUAAGUUACCAUUAUGUCCUUUUCUUUUUGAUAGAAAAUUUCAGCUGGAAUAUAUUUCCAGGUAUAGAACUUGAGUGUUAACUCAGUGUUUCAUUUUCAGGCACUUGUAUAUUAUUGGCUGUUGCAGAACACAAUUUUCUCAGGCAUCAUCUAGGCAGGACUUAAAUUAGAAUUUUUAGAUGGUUUAUUUGGGAGUGGGGAGUAUGAGGUAAAGACUAAUUAGGUUAGUAGCUACAAACAUCGUUGUUUUGCAGGUGUUUGAGAUUGUAGCUGUGGAAGGAUUAUUCAUUUAGAGAUCUCAGAUCCAUAUGCCUUCUCCAAACAAAAAACCUGUUAGGCAUACUUGCAGAAAUGGAUAAAUAAAACCCUAAAAUUGAUAAAUCAAACCCUAGAAUCUAGUUGAUCAAGGUCAUAAAUUGAAAAUGUAGAAGAGCCAUGAACUAGUUUCUUUCUUCCUCUGCCUCCCAGAGUAGAAUGCCUUGAAAAUACAACUUGAGUUAAAUUGAUUCAUUGUUUAUAGAUAAUUAGGGCCUAUGAACCAGUAUGGUAACCUAGGGCUCACAUAAAGCAGAGAACACUUGGAAAAAGUCCUGAAUUACUACUAUUUGGAACUGUCAUCCAGUUUUAGAAACACAAGUGUUUAUAGGUAAGUACGUAAGUUUUAUGAAUACAGUAAGUGAGCCAACCACUGAAACUCUUCAUCAAUACAAGGCAAUUAGGCUUUUUAAAACAAAAAUCAGAUCAGUGAUUCCCUCUGCAUUACAGACAUUGAAAGUAUGAGCAGAACUUUUCAUUACUAAAAAAAAAGAUGCACAGUACUCUCUUCAGUCAGCUCAUCUUUUCUCAAUGUAUCAAGAAUUCUGUCAUUGUUACAUGCAAGUAAUAAUGCAAAAUUCUUGGAUUACUGAUACGUAAACAAUUAACUUUUAGCUGUUGCUUCAAUUCUCAAAUAAUCCUUCUGCUCUUUAAAGAAGGCUAGAGUAAUCUUACACUUCCAGCUGAGCUCUCCUGUAAUAAUCUGUAUUGUUGCAUCUCCCAAAGAUUUCCUAAUUCUGAAGGCUCUAUGUACCACAGAUGGCACCCUUUCACUUACCAAAAGUUAUUCUGGUGACAGAAAUGUCCAAAUACACUCCUGCUUUUGUUUAAUUCAGAAGUACUGUGGUGAUGUUAUACUUUGAUGCCUAGGGCAGUGUGUUUAUAUGAAAAUGGAAGUAACUGUGAAUCAAGGUGAAGAACAUUGCUCAAAUCACAUUUUUAAUGAAAUUGCAGACCCUAGCUGUAUCAUUAAUUGUCCACAUCAUAAAAUACAUCAGAGGAACAGCAUUCCUGACUGUCUGGUUUACAAUACAAAACAUCCUGAUCUACAUAGGGAAAAUGAUAAAGCUAAAUAUGCUCCCUGACGUUUUGCUGUCAGGCCAAAUUUGAACAGUAUCUUCAAAAUCAACAGCAAUGACUUAACUCCACCUAAGCCUUGUUGUGAACUUCCUUCUUCUUAACAGACAUUUUCAAAAUUAGUGUUAAUUUUCAUAAUUUCACUUUCAGAAAUUUUAAUUCACUAUGUCAUGCAACAUUUACUUAUAGUGCUAAUUAUAUAUCCCCCUCACUAUGAAGUGCUGAGACCUGCAAUUCCAGAAGAUAAGUGUUAUUGUUAUGUACAGGGGGCUGAUCUUGCACUGGGUUUCAAUUGAAAUGUCUGUUUACAUAUCUCUAUCCAGUGUUAAUUGUACCAUUACCUGUAAAUCACAAGUUAAUUUUGUUUCCAGCAAGCUUCCCACUUAAUUUUCACUACAAUUUUGAAAACAUGUGAUAGGAAAAAACCCCGUGAUAUAGGUUCAUCACAAAAGACAGAAAAGGCAGGCAGACUCCUACAGAGAAAUAUUGUGUAGUGAAAGCCAGCAUUAAACACCUGCCUUGUACCUUCUGUUAAAGGACUUCCAGGGAUGAAACUUGGGCUGGGGUUGUAGGACUGCUGAUUUUAAAGUUGCAUGUGUUGCUUUUCCCUUGUGUAACUGUUGGCAGCUGGAGAAGGAGCAGGGCUGUUGGGGAAGGAGGCACCACUAGCCUGCCGUCACAAGGCAGACUUUUGUCACCAGCAGCCUUGAGUAGGCACAGAUGCCAUUUGCAUCCUCUAUGUAUUUGUCUUUAGGUAUCUAUUCAAUUCUCAGUUUCGUGCCAAAAUACGCACCAGCAAGUCAAAUAUAGGUAAAGUACCUUUUAUGCUCUUUGUUGUUUAAAAAUAAUAUAUUUGUGAAACAGAUCGAUAAUACAUAACACUGGAAAUGGGUGCUUCUUCCCUAAAGUACAUGUAAAAUAAAAUAAAUUUUAAAAAAAGAAACAACAUUUUUGAGUUUAUCUGGCUUUUAAUCAAGUCUGAAAUUGAUAACUAUGUUAUACAGUUGCUGGUUGUCUGUCCUUUAUAAUUUUAAAUAGAUCUGCAUUUUAACUUUAUUUAUUUGCCAAUUUUUUAUAUACUUUAAAGUUACACUUUAGAACUCAAGCUAACUUUUUAUUUUCCUAGGCUGUUACAUAGCAGAUUUUCCAUAUUCUUGUGAACUGCAGACCUUUUUUGAAUAGUCCUUAGUCUUCUCCUUUGGACCAGUUACCACUAAUGAGUCUGCAGUCCCCUUUUUACUGUACUCUUCCAAUAAAUGUAAAAUAUUUGUAUCAA